GUUGUGACCUAAUUAGCCCGAUUGCACUGCCAACGCAAAAAACAAAUAGUGUCGUCUCCUUCCUUCUCUCUCUCUCUCUCUCUCUCUCUCCUCUCCCGCCUCUCUCUGCAUACAUAAACGUCCGAUCUUCAUUUCCUCUCUGAGGUUCGCGUCAAUCGUACACCCUAACCCCUGUACUUUACCAUGGGAAGCGUCCAAUUUCGAUGCAACUGAUUGAUUUCGCUGAGAAUUGAAUUUGUUGUAUACCUUUAGGCUCAGAGAGAGACAGAUAGAGAUCGAUUUGGAUUGAACGAAGCAGAAAGCGAUUGUUGAGAGAGAGAGUGAGAGAAGUGUGUUUGGAUUGGUAUAUAUACGUAUAGGCGCAUGAGCUGUUUGGUCAAUCUGGGGUUCUUUUCUUCGAAUUCGAAUCACUUCAUUACCUGCCUCCUCGUCUUCACCCUUCAUUAUUCACCCCAAUUACCUCCAAUUACCUUGAUUAAUUUCGACCAACACUUGGAUCCCAAAAAUUCCUCCUCAUUUAUACCGUUAUUACUGCUAUUUUUACCGUUAAGUAAUUUAAACCACAGUAAUCGUCAUCAUGGAGUCGCGAGAACAGAGUAAUCGUCAAUUGACCAGGGAGUCAAAGCUUCUCUUGGUGGCUGGAGCUCCCUGCAAUUCAGAUGUCGAGAGGAGGUAUACAGCGUCACCAUCUGUUAUUAUUGUAGGUGGUGGUUUUGCUGGUAUAGCAGCUGCUCGGGCCCUUCAUGAUGCUUCAUUCCAGGUUACCCUGUUGGAAUCACGGAAUAGAAUUGGGGGUCGAGUACACACAGAUUACUCAUUUGGUUUCCCUGUCGACCUGGGUGCAUCUUGGCUGCAUGGGGUCUGCAAAGAAAAUCCUUUGGCACCUGUGAUUGGAAGACUAGGACUUCCUCUCUACCGUACAAGCGGUGACAACUCUGUGUUGUAUGACCAUGAUUUGGAAAGCUACGCACUAUUUGAUAUGGAUGGGAAUCAAGUUCCUCAGGGUUUAGUGAAGAAGGUUGGUGAAGCAUUUGAGAGAAUUUUGGAAGAGACGGAUAAAAUAAGACAAGAACAUAUUGAAGACAUGUCUAUCCUUCGUGCCAUCUCAAUUGUUUUAGAAAGGAAGCCGGAGCUAAGGUUGGAAGGGAUUGCUCAUAAGGUCUUGCAGUGGUACUUAUGCAGAAUGGAAGGUUGGUUUGCUGCAGAUGCUGAUACUAUCUCACUCAAAUGUUGGGAUCAGGAAGAACUGCUUCCCGGUGGUCACGGCCUCAUGGUGCGUGGAUAUCGCCCAGUUAUUAAUACACUUGCCAAAGGUCUUGACAUCCGCUUGAGCCAUAGAGUUACAAAAAUUAUGAGACGCCACAAUGGAGUGAAGAUUACAGUUGACGACGGGAGAACAUUCAUAGCUGACGCUGCUAUUGUUGCCGUUCCUCUUGGUGUCCUGAAAUCCAAUAGCAUCAAAUUUGAGCCAAGGCUUCCAGAGUGGAAGGAAGCAGCAAUUGCGGACCUUGGAGUGGGGAUUGAGAACAAGAUAAUUUUGCACUUUGAGAAUGUGUUUUGGCCUAAUGUAGAGUUCUUGGGGGUGGUUGCGGAGACUUCAUAUGGAUGCAGCUACUUUUUGAAUCUUCACAAGGCUACAGGUCAUUCCGUCCUUGUUUAUAUGCCAGCGGGGCAGCUGGCACGUGACAUUGAGAAAAUGUCAGAUGAAACAGCUGCUAAUUUUGCUUUCAUUCAGCUGAAGAAAAUCCUUCCUAAUGCUUCAACCCCGAUUCAUUAUCUAGUAUCUCGUUGGGGCACGGAUGUGAAUUCACUAGGAUCCUAUAGCUAUGAUGCAGUAGGGAAACCCCAUGAUCUGUAUGAGAAGUUAAGGGUCCCGGUGGACAACCUAUUUUUUGCGGGGGAGGCAACGAGUGUGGAUUACCCAGGGUCUGUACACGGUGCAUACUCAACCGGAUUGAUGGCUGCUGAGGACUGCAGGAUGCGCGUUUUGGAGCGCUAUGGGGAGUUGGAUCUGUUCCAGCCGGUCAUGGGUGAGGAUACCCCGGUGUCUGUCCCCUUACUAAUCUCCCGUAUGUAAUGACUCUGUAUCAACAUUGUAAUUCACAUGUAAUGUCAGAUCUCAAACCCUAAACCCUAAACGCUAAACCGUAACAUUUGGGUUAUUGGUAAUUGUUGAAUGGGAUGAAACCAUGACAUUCUGCCCGGAUGUUGUGAGAAUAUUAGGGGAACUUUGCUGUUUUUA